AUGCAGCAUAAAUAGAUAAAAGCAACUACCUCAUAAAAUAUUCGGUAAAAGUUAGGUAUGAAGGAUUCUUUAACUAAUAUUAAUUAAAUCUACAGCCAACCUCAUUCAUCAAAAGGAGCCGAAACAAGAAAAAAGGAAGUAAAUUCUUAUUUAUUUAGAAUGUGUAAGAUUGUAAUAUAAUGAAGAAAAAAUUAUUUAAUAUGUUGGGAUAAAACUAUAAUUCUAGCAAAGCAUUCUCCAUUUCCCCUACUAACUCACUUAAACAGAAUUAUUUUGUGUCUACAUCUACACAAUAGAGAUAGAAAUAGAUUAUAAAAAAAUAAAACAACACUCUUGAUUGUCAUACUUCAGUUGCCUAAAAUCAUUAAGGAAAUUCAGCUAAGAAUGUAUAAUCAUAAUAAUCAUUGAAUCAAUUAGAAAAAUAUACAUCAUUUUUAGAGAAUUAAAAUUUUGAAAACCAUAAUACUUCAGUUAAUCCAACAAAAAAAGUUGGAAUUGCCAAACCUAAUUCUACUUAAUCUAGAAAUCAUAAAACUGAUAGAAGUUCAUUAAUUGCAUUAUUUGAAAAAUUACAUGAAAAAGAUAGUUCUAAUAAACAUCGUAAAUAAACAUCUCAAAAUUCUAAUUAUAUUGUUAAUAUAUAAAAACAAUAGAUUCCACAAUCUUUUUAAACUGAAUUAAAGUUUCGAUAAAAAAUUAAAGGGUCAUUAUCCAAUAAUUCAUCUGGUUAACUUUGUUCUCAUCUUAAUCCUAAUUCAUCAUCUACACAAAUUUAAUAAAAUUAAUAAAAUAAUAUUGAAGAUAAUUUAUAAUAAAUAGCUGAAAGGAUGUCAUAUAUUUUAAAUAGCUAUCAUCAAAAGUUGAAAUAAGUAGACUUUGAAAAAGAAGUUUUAAUUUAAGAAAUUUAAUAUUGGAAAUCUAAAUACCAAAAACUCUAAUAAAAAUCAUCAAUUUCUUGA